AUGGCAACCGGAGCGGUCACUCCUGUGCUGAUAGUUGGCGCAGGCCCUUCUGGACUUAUUUUGGCUCUCACUUUGCUUAUGAGUGGGAUCAAUGUCAGGAUUAUCGAUAAGGACCCGGAGUUUCACGUCGGACAACGUGGUGUUGGUAUCCAGCCCAGGACACUGGAGCUAUACAACCUGCUAGGCGUACUGCAAGAUGUGCGCGCGACUGGCCUGGAUAUGAUGCCGAUCCGUUUAUAUAAAUUUGGUGGUGGUAUUGAUUCCCUGAAGACCUUCUACGUCUCUCCUCCGGUUGAUGCCACGGCAGCUGUCCCUUUCCCCAACCCGAUGCUUCUCGGACAAAAUCGCGCGGAGGCCAUCCUUCGAUCUCAUCUAGAGAAAUACGGCUGUUAUGUCGAGCUUGGAACGGAGCUGCGCACAGUUGUGCAGAACCUGGACUAUGUCACCGCUCACGUUGUUAGAAAGGAUGGUGACGAGGAGAAAACCGAAACAAUCGCAUGUCGCUGGAUGGUGGGUGCCGAUGGAUCUCACAGUGCCGUACGCAAGCAGUUACGUUUGGCAUUUGGUGGUGAACAGCGAUCGGAGCAAUCUGCGGUAGGGGAGAUUGAAGUGCAAGGAUUAGAUGUUGACUUUCGGGUGCUCCUUCAGUACACGCCACACUUACAAUUGGAUACCUGGCAGGGUGAUGUUGCGACCGACGGAGACUCCAGUCCGCAUAUUCGCAUGGUCGAUAGACUCAUGGAAGGGAGAGUGUUCUUGGCUGGCGAUGCUGCUCAUGUACACAGUCCUGCUGGUGGACAAGGGAUGAAUUCCAGCAUGCAGGACGGAGUCAACCUUGGUUGGAAGCUCGCCCUCGUCGAAAAGGGUCUAGCGAAGCCCCAGAUUCUUGUGACGUACGACGAGGAACGGAUGCCCGUUCUCCGCGAGAUGCUUAAGCUCACUACCGACCUGCUCAACAAGCGCACGGCCACGCGCGCGGAUGGUCGCGGCGGGGAACUAGGUCUCACAAACGACGAUAUCCUGAAGCAGCUCACUAUCAAUUACCGCUGGAGCUCGAUCGUGCUCGAUGAGCGUACGCCGCUCGUAAAUCCUGCUGUCUAUGACCCAUAUGGGCUGCUGGCGGGCACAGUCGUGCGGGCGGGCGACCGCGCUCCUGAUGCGCCUGGCAUGCGGGAUAUCCGGACAAAUGCGAAGACAUCCGUCUUUAAAAUAAUCAGCGCUUCUUGCCACACCGUCCUCCUAUUCUCCCAUGACCAGGCGCAAAUCAAGGCAAUCUCAGCGGUACUGAGGAAAUUUCCCGCGCAUGCAAUCCGGAGCGUGGUCAUCUAUGCGAAGGACGGACCAACCACGCCAUCCGCUUCGGAGGACGACACAGACCUAGUUUUGGUAGACGACGAGGGAUAUGCAUAUACUGGCUAUCAGGUUUGCGAUGCACGCGUGACCAGUAUCAUCGUCGUGCGGCCUGAUGGUGUGAUUGGCGCCAUCGUCCUUGGGGUGCAAGGGCUGGAGACAUACCUUAGGCUUGUCUUCUCUGCAGCAGCGACAUAAUUGUCACAUAUAGUUCCUGCUGCUUGUAAUCACCACUCAGUCUUCAUUUUCCUUGAAAGCUCAACGCCUCGAUGUAAUCAUGCAAAAAUCCCAGUUCUCCUGCGGUUCGUAGCAAUCAAUACCAGUACCUGUGCC